UUAAUUUUAAACUGAAAAACUCAGUGUCAACGGUAGUAGGAACCCGUUUAAAAUGAUGACGGGAGGGGAUCAUUAAUGGCGUGACACCGUUGCCAUGGAGACACCGCUACAUCCGGACGCUCGGUGAAAAAGAUAAAAGAUGGACUCUGAGUAUAUAAAAAAACACUUGGGGAAAUGUCUGGCAGACGGACUCGCUGAAGUGGCCGAGCAGCGUCCUGUGAAUCCCAUCCAGUAUCUCGCCCACUGGCUUUACAAGUACAACUCAAACGUAGAAUACGAGACAAAGAAAAUGGCCAAUUUGGCACUGCUGGAGCAGGAGCAGGCGAAAGCCAGAGAAGAAGCGUUGCACCAGGAGAAGCUGAGGGAGGAGGAGCGAAAGAUCAGUGAGGCCUUGGAAGACUCUAAAAAAAUGUCUGAGAAGGAUGAUGCACCCACGUUAGCCACAACAGAAGCUGCUGAGGACAACAAAGAGAAACCAAACACCACUGAUCCAGGAAGCCAGCAGGGCACAGACGAAAACCAAAGUGACGCUCAGGAAAAUGACACUGAACCAGAGGUGAAGGUUACAGAUAAUGUAAGCGGACCAGAGUCCCCCGAAAUAAAACCUUUGGAGGCCCUCAACACUGAGGUCAAAGAGGAGUCCACAGAAGUGCCUGUUGAAAAAGAAGUGGAGCAGAGGAGCAAUCAAGCGGAAGAAAAAACAGAGGUGGAUCCACGUGACAAUCAUGUAGAAGAGAAAACGGCAAGCACCAAUCAAACAGAAGAGAAAGAAGUUGACCAAGAUGAGGAGAAGGUGGUUGAUGAAGCUGACACAGCUGAAUCUGAGCAGACUGAACCGAUACGCUCGACUCCCAGCCGAGAAGUUGACAACUUAAAAACAGAAGAGCUACAUGACAAACAAAGCCCUCGUUCCCCUCGAGACACAGAGAAGGAGGCAGACGGGCAACGCACAACUGAGACCACUGUUAGCUCGGCUCCUGCUGACAGCGACGCAGCAGUCGAGGAUACAGUGCCGAGCGAGACACCACAAGAGGAGCCCGAAAACACAAACAUCCAGGAGAAGGAGGAAGAAGAAGAAGCAGACCAUACGUGAUCAAGUCAUUGUUGUUUGACGAUCAAUCUUUUACACAAAUUAAAUGAUUUCAUAGCUGCAGUAUACAUGUAGUUUGAUAUGCAAAUAUAAAACGUGCAAAAAAUAAAAAAUUAUCACCAAUACA